AGGAGAAGCUGGUUUAUGCGCCUCUUUCUGGAGUUGGGCGAGUGCUGUAUGACAAAGACGCUGUCUAUGUUUCCUUGGUGGCAGCCAUGGUUUUCAGGCAUCGUGUCAGAGAUGGCUUUGGAUUCCCAGUUCUCUGUGUUCCUGUCUAGCUCCCGAACCCAGCUGGAGAGGGACAGUCCUGAGUUUGACCAGCAGCAGGGGUCAGUGUGCCCCUCGAAGUCCGACAUCUAUGAGGCAGGAGCGCCCAUGGCUGCUGCUGUACAGCCUGCUGCAGUGACUGUUGAAGUUGGUGAGGACCUCCACAUGCACCGCAUCCAUGACCAGGAGAUGCCUGAAGCUUUGGAGUUUAAACCUUCUGCCAAUUCAGAGGCAAGCACAAUAUUCCAGAGGAACUCUCAAACAGAUGCUUUGGAGUUUAACCCUCCUGCCAAUCCAGAGGCAACCACAAUAUUCCACAGGAACUCUCAAACAGAUGGUAUCUACUGUGCGUUUCAGUCAACAAUACAGCUCAUGUUCAACAAUAUUCCUUGAUGACAACACAGCCAGCCAGCCUUAUCUUACAAUGACAAUAAUAUCGUGAGUACAACUAUACUGCCAAGGGAUGGAUUCCUUUAUUCUAAAAUUAUUUCAG